AACGAUACACUAUAGUUAACGGCUUUUUCAAAACAUUAUGUCGUCUGAUAGUUUUUCAAAUUGAAAGAUUUUACUUGUGCUUAUUUUUUUGACGUUGUGACAAUUUGAUUUGAUAAACGAAACAGUUUUAUCAAAAAUAUUAUCGAAUAAUGUAAUAAUUAAACUUGGCAAAGUGAAUAUUAGAUAGUGUUUACGCAAACUGCGAUUGGCAUUAGUACCUAGUAUACUAGUAAGUAAAUAUCUACGAGACAUUUUCUACUGAAAAGAUUAUGGGUAAUUAUUCCAGUAAAUUAUUCAGCAACAAUGUUGUUAAUGAUAACAAAGUGAAUGAGCAUACUAAUUCGCUUCAAGAACCAAACAUUACCUCUAACCAAGUACUUCAAAAUGGUCAAACAUCAGAAAAACCUUUAGAUAAUGAAGAAAUAAUGCAAACUCCUAUCAAAAAGAAUUAUCUAUUAGAAUCAAGAAAAAGAAUAAAUGCUAUACCAGAGUACUUACAAACUGAAAAGACAAGAAAGCCUUACUUAGAAACUGAUAUAGAUUCUGUAUAUACUACUGAAAAAUGUUGUCUUGACCCAAGAUCGCCCAAUGUAGCAUAUCCAAGAACUCCUAUUUUAUUACAAAAUAAUUUGGAUUCUUUAACAAAGGAUGUUGAUAGUGAGAGUCUACCCAAGUUAAAAUUGCCUCAUGCCGAAUUAAAAAUUAAUUCAAAUGAUUUAGAUCCCAGAUCACCUGCUAGUGAUUUUGAUAGAACACCUAUUUCAACAGUAAAAGUUUUAAAGCAGUUCAAUUCUCAGGAUGAAAAUAAUGAAAAUAGACUUAGAAAAUCUAAUUCUAGUUUAGAUAUUUGUAUCAAAUUAUCAUACUGUGAAACGACAAGUUUGUUUAAUAUUCCUGAAAUUCAAGCGCUUCCAGACAUUGUAGUUAGUUUAAGGAGAUCUUGCAGUUUAAAAGAUAAUCUGAAUGAAAAUAGAUCUUCUGUAUUGAUUGGUAACAAUAAUAUAAAAUCUGAAUUAAUAUCAGAUGAUAAAAAAACUGUUAAACUACAUCUAUCUAGUGAAAACUCCAUACCUAAGUCUCAGAAAGAAACUUCCCCAUCAGAAACACACAUUGAAAUAAAAAAUGAAAAUACUGAAAGCAACGAAAAGCUUCUUAUAGUUAAUAGUACAAAUGCUGAUUUUGAAAAUAGUGUUAAUACUCCAAGGGAUGUAGAAAACGUAAAUAAAGCAACUGAUCCUGAGGAAAAGUUUAAAGUUUGGAGGGACUCAUAUUCUAAACUGCCUGAAAAUCCUAGUAAUAGCCAUUCAAAUAAUUCUCAGAGAAAUUCAUCAUUACCGGAAAAAGAAGAAAUUUUAAUUGAAUUCGAUGACUGUUCCAUAAUGAACAGCAUAAGAAAUAAUCAAGUUAAAAAAAUUGAAAAGAUUGAAACAUCUUGCAAAGAAAAUAAAGUAAAGUCUGAUAAGAAAAAUUUAGAAACUAAAAAGGAAAAUAAAUUAUCAGAUGAAAAGAAAUUAUUUAGUCCAGAAUUAAAACUUGCUACUGAAUUUUCAAAGAGCCGCACUCCCUUUAGUAAUAGAUCAAAUAGUAAUGGGCAAAUUCAAACACUAUCAGUGAAUUCUCCUCAACAAUUUUUAGGACAUAGAAAAUUAUUCGUUAAUGAUAACAAAAAUUUGCAAGAAAAUACACCACCAACUCAUAAAAAACUAGUUAAGAAUGUACCUGCAAGGUUAAAUGGUACUCAAUGGGAUUCUGAUUCAACUAUCAUUAUUUGACUGCCAUAACUUUUUUAUACAUGCAUAACAAUAUAAGAUUUUGCAUGUUAUUCUUUAUUUUUAGAAAUAUUCAAUUAUGACUUGAAAUUGACGUUUUUACCUAACCAUUUCUUAAUAAGUUUUUUCGUGCAUAAAAUAAAAUAAUGUCAAUAAAGUUUGUUAAG